ACUCAAAUUCCAAUGCCAGUAAAAAUGUUUGCCUGUGACCUGUGUGAUUAGUGUCGUACUGUAGUGCAGUCGCCUAGAGUGGGUUCUAGGGCUCGCAGAUUAGCCAGGCGACGGGCAUGGGCUACCACCACCUCCUCGUCGUCUCGACGCCGGCGCAGCCGCCGCCCCCGCGCCUCUCACUCUUUUCCCGCUCGCCGCGAGGGGCCGUCACCGCCUCUGCUUCGCACGAUGGCGCUCGCUUGUCGGCGUCAGCAGCCACGCGGAGGAGAGUGGUUCUUCUGGUCGGCGUCUCCGUGCUCCCGCUCCUCCGCCUCCGUGACACGGCGGCCGCCGCGCAUCCCUCGGCGGCCGAUCUCGUCACUGAUAGAAUGGACUUUCAUAAGACUGAGGGAAUGCAGCCUGAAAAACCUUUGGCCGAACCACCUCAACCUGAGGUAAACGGACCAUCUCCAGGGAAUCCAUUUGUGGAUCUUCUGAAUGCAAUUGCAGUUAUCGCUUCUGGGGUUCUGGCUGGACUUCUUGGUACUUCUCAACGAGAAAAGAAGGCCUUGCAAUCAACCAUCUCAUUUAUGGAGAUCAAAUUGGCUGAAAAUGAGGCAGCGAUGUCUUUGCUCAGGGAGAGUUAUGAGAAAAGGUUGUUGGAUGAACAAGCAGCACUGAAGAAACAAACUAGGAUGUUCCAGGAUGAGGAAGCUUCCCUUCUUGAUCAAUUGAAUUCAACUAAGAGGACUGUAACAUCCUUGAAAGAGAAAGUUAUAUAUGAGAGGGAGCUAGUUGAGCAGCUUAAACACGAGAUAUAUCAACUUGAGAAUAGCUUUGCACAAGCAGAGGAAGCCAAACAUAUGCUUGAAGGAAAAUUGAGCGAAAAGUUGGAAGCACUUGCGAUUUUGCAUGACAAGGUAAAUCUGCUUAGCCAAGAUUUAAAUGACAAGGAGAAACUCAUCAGGGAACUCAGUUCAUCACUUUCCUCCAAGGAAAGCGAGUACCAGAGUCUGCACUUGAUCUACAGUCAAACUGAAGGAUGCCUGGAGCAUGCAAAUUCCAGAAUAGAGCAGCUGGAGAAGGAUGUUCUUGCAGCUAAAGAUGAUAUAAAAUCAAAGAUAUCCUUAGUUGAUUCAUUGAAUGAGGAAGUCCAAAGAUUAUACGCUGCAAAGAGUGAAGCUGGAGAAAAAAUAAGUGAGUUAACAAAACAGUAUGCGGAAUUGGGAGCUGCUUCCGAGAUGAGGGCAUCUCGUGAUUCUGAACUAUUGUUUGAUAAAGAUAGUCAGUUCAGUCAGCUUGAAGAAAAACUUUCUAGUGCACUAAGUGACUCUAGGAAAGACAGAGCUAUAAUUGCUGAGUUGAACAUUGAACUGGAAGCUAACAGAACAGUGCUGGAUAAUGAAGUUGAGGCCAGGAAAAGUGUAUCAGAUCUUAUUCAGUUCACUGAAGAGGUGCUUAAAGAGUCCAGAAAUGAGGUGUCCAAACUCUCUGAAGAGCUUAAUGGAGUAAACAUAUCAAAUCAGGACUUGACAACCCAGAUUCUGAAAUUCACCAAUGAGUCCAUUGAAGUGAAACAGGCUCUAACUAACAAAGUAGAAGAGGCCGAAUCAGUUUCAAAGGCUCUUUCCGGUGAACUGGCCUCAACCAGAGAGAUACUUGAGAAGUCACAAGAAGAUCUUGAAGCCGCCUCUAAUCAAUUAGUGUCUACUACCGAAGCACAUGAUGAACUUAAUAAAGAAUUGCUUGAUGCAUAUAAAAAGUUAGAGUCCACAACAAAUGAUCUUGUUAGAGAACGCAAGAUUAAUGCUACUUUAAAUAGGGAACUGGAGGCUAUAGUGAAACAAUCGCUGGUAGAUUCAGAAGCAAGAAGAACUCUUCAGGCAGAUUUGAAUGAGGCCACUAUUUCCCUAAAUGAGGUGAGUGAGAGUACAUUGCUAUUGUCUAAUAAGCUUGGUAGCAGUAAUUCUAUGAUUUCCAAUAUUAGAGAAGAUAAAAAGAUGCUGUCAGAGGCUCUUGUGGAGCAAAAGAAAAGUACAGCUGAGGCUCAGAAAAAUAUGGCAGAUGCUCAGAAUCUUAUUCAAAGUCUGGGGGUGCAGAGAGAGAAAUUUGAGAUGAGUUCUAAAAAGCUUGAAGAGGAAUUGGCCACAGCAAAAGGUGAGAUAUUGUGUCUGAGGAGGCAGAUUAGUGCAAUUGGGUCGCAGGAUCCAAAUAGUCUUCUGGAAACAAGUGUAGCACCAAAUUUCAGUCAACCUUCGAAACAGCAACAUGUGAAUUAUCGUACGGAUGCUGGAGCUCAUCGUUCUGCUAAGAAGAUUUAUAGAAGAAAAGACAGACCAGCAAGAUGAGCAUUAUCAGAAAAUGGGAUCUAGAACCACCAAAUCUUCCAUCACAUCUCACUUUAUUAGAACACUUUGAAGCUUCUGAAGCUUUCAAAGGUAGCAUCAUGAGAUUUCCCUACAGUCAUAUUUGCCUCUCUAGUGGUUCCACGUCUUCUGUUGUAACUCUGAAAAACCCUUCAUGUAGUUCCAGACGGUGGAUUGUUAGGAAAUCAAGAAUGCAUCUAAGUAUCACUUCUGUUGUUGCUCUGAAAAACCCUUAAUGUACUCCCUCCGAUCCAUAAUAUGUGUCUUGAAUCUAGUACAAAGUUGUACUAGAUUCAAGACACUUAUUAUGGAUCGGAGGGAGUAGUUCACUAGUUCUGUAUGGUGGAUUUUUAGGAAAGUGAGAGUGUAUGUUAAUCUAUGUAUAAAUGUGCUGUUGAGCUCUCAGAAUGGAGGAUUCACUCUUCUGGAA